AUGCAACUCUCACAUGGUGAUGCCAUUGUGCUGGUGCCGGCAGAUCACCCCGCUUUCACGACCACUACCCUUGCGGCACUUCUGUGGUCGGACUCCGGCUGGCUUCCUGAAUGGGCGCCUAACCUUCCUUUCGAGGAUACUGUGUGGACGAUGUCUGAGCAGGCCGACUUCUCCUUCCGAGUUGCGGCGGGCAGGCGCGGCCUUUUCCGCGGCGACAUUGCCGCCCGUCUGGGUAUGCCACCACACUCCCUCAUCUUGCAUGCGCCCGAUCCCAUGAUCAUCGACCACGAGGACCGAGGGGUGCUCUCUCGCAAUGUUAUUGCUGCAGUCACCCGGCCGGCCGCGCAAGGCACUGAGCCCGCGGGACCGAUUUGUUUCCUCGACUUGCGCCCUAUGCUCCUGCGACUUUCGUGGUGCCCUUUCUCAGAAGGGCGCCUACCCUUGCAAACACUCCUUCGCCGUUUUUCGGACAGAUGUCCUGAUGGCUUUGUUUUGUGCCGCAUUGACCCUGCUAGAGGGCUCUCUGUCAUCCGAGGAGACAUCCGGGUCCACCAUGGGGAGGUCGUCACCCUCACCUUUCUCCCCGCGGAAGUUGAUAGCUCCAGCUCCGGCGGUGGGCCGGGUGGUUCUGGGCCCUCCCUGCCGUCAGGUCCGACCUCCGAGGCCGCCGACGUUGCCAGUCUAGAUACCGAUGAAGCGGCCGGCUCAAGGGCCACUGGGUCCGUCACCACGUCAACUGGCGCUGAUGCUGGGACCGGAGGGGGGCGCCGUCGCGGCGCCAUGUGGCCCACUGUCUGCCCCGGUUUACCUUGGCAAGCACCUCCCUUGUGUGUCCUCGGUAACAAGUGCCUCGGAGCCUUGGUCUCCCUCGGUCCUGGUGGCAUCCUCCUUUGUGCAUCCCUUGUCUUGGGAGCUUGCCUACUGGAUUCCAGUAUUUCCCUCUGGUGCAUGCUUGCGUGCCUGUGGAGGCCUGCUAACCUCGCCACUCCCAGGCUGCCUCUUCUGACCCUUCUUCUUGCUGCCUCUCUGGCUUGUCCAGUGUCAGGUGGUGGACCCACAGCGAUGGAUCGACCGCCUCGCUGCAUUUCGCCGGUCGUGCUAGAGGGCCCUCGUGGCGCCAAGGACUGCAGGCUCAACACGCCGGCGGGGCUUGCACUUCUCGCGCAUGGUCGACCCAUACCCACCCCUUUGCGCGGGCGUGCAGCACCCCGACCACAUGCCGAUAACCCGGCUGAUGUUGAGCCUACAACAGCUCCCAGCACUGCACCAGCAGUGCCCCCACUGCAGGAACGGGAGGUUGUGUCACUUGAGCCUGUUCAGCCCAGCUUGCACAUUGCUCUCAGGACUCGCCUUGCUCAGCUAGAGGGUUCUGAGGUCUUCCGACUCGCCAGCCUACCUUUAGGUUUCAAGGUUGAUCAUGUUCGACAGCUUCUCAGCCCCCCCUUGCGGUUUGCGCUCUUUGACGACCUGCUGGACGCGGUCGAACCCGAGUCCCGCUGCGGCUUGAGACGCCUGUUCGACAGCCGCGGGCCCUUGCCUGACAAGCUCUUUUGUUUUACGGACGGAUCCUUCACUCCGCCUGUUGCAGGGGCUAGGGCCCGUUGUGGAUGGUCCCUUGUGCUCUUCCAUCCAGCCAGCCUUACCCUCAGCAUUUUGGGGGGACCUCUCCCCGAUUGGGUUCUGCACAGCACCCUUCCCUCGGCCUUCGCUGCCGAGUGCACCGCGUUGAUCGCGGCGUUGUGGAUCUUGCCCACAGCCUUUUGGGGAUACACCAUAGAGGUGCUUAGUGAUUGCCAAGCAGCCUUGGCCAUCGCCAAUGGCAGCCAUGCCUGUUCUACGCACAUUGGCCAAGCUCUACGGCACGUUGCCUCUUUCGCCUUUUCGCUCCUAUCUGGUCGCCUCUCUGCUGCCUAUGUCAGAGGCCAUGCCGGCAUUUUCGGCAACGAGGCUGCUGAUCAGGUUGCGAAGCUGGUUGCGGAAGGCCGGACUUUGGGGCACCUCCCUUGGCCGAGCUGGUCGGACUUUGACUGCUGGUCGUCUGGAGGGAAGAUGUGGUCGUGGAUCGGAGUGGUCUGCCAAUGGCUCGCCGGAGAUAGCGCUUUACCCGAUUUCUUGGGUGGGGAGCUCUGCAUUGGUCGCGAUGUCAUCCCGGCCGAUAGGGUUAAGCUGCUGAAACCCUUCCUACCCGCCCAGCCAUGUGGAAGCGGCACCUCGGCCGAUUUUGGGGCAGACUGCCACUGGGCCCCCUUCUCCAUUCGAUUGGCCACUUAUAAUGCCCUUUCCCUGGGGGGCCGACAUGGCGUCUCUGAUGUUGAGGCGUGCCCGGCAGGAUUGGCACAUCAGCCAGCCCGCCCUGCCCUUCUUGCCGCUAGUCUGUCUGCUGCAGACGUUGACAUUGGGGCCAUCCAAGAAGCCCGUACCCCGGGUCACGAGGUGACAUUGAGUGAAGAGCAAUUCCUCGUCCUCCACCGGGAUGCACGGAUCCUAGUUGCCUUAUGUCAAUGCGGCUUUUCGGUCGUCUUUGCCGUCCUACACGCCCCACACCGGGGCACCGAGCAUCACCUGUUGGACCAAUGGUGGGGGCAGGCAGCAGGUGUGCUUCGCAAGUUGGUAAAGGGCAGGCCUUUGAUCAUCGCCGGAGACUUCAACGCUAGUGUGGGUACCCAAGUGUCUUGCCAUGUCUCAGACCUUGCGGCGGAGGAGCAAGACCUCGCUGGCGAGUUUCUUCAUCGAAUCCUAAGGGACCAUCAGCUUUGGAUUCCAGCCACUUUUGAGGGCGUUCAUCAGGGCAGCAGUUGGACCUUCGCACAAAAAAGGAAUCAGGCCCUCAUUCGCCCGGACAUGAUCGCUCUGCCCUUGGCAUGGCGCCAAGCCAAGGUCGCCAGCAGUGAGUUGGCCGACCUGGAGAGGGGCACCCUCCGUCCAGGUGAACGCCCGGGGUCACUGCUGCGCAUGGCCCCUGGCCGCGUACCGGCUUCUGUUGGUGACCCUGCUCUUAAAAGUGCGGUUAGUGGGGUGCUUGCCGAAGUACCCAGACCUGAGUGGGGCGACUGCAACCAUUCACAUGCAGCAUCGGUUACCGGCUUCCUGCAGUCAGAGCUACGGAAGGUCGCCGCUGACCCACCUCGGGGCCCUACCCACCCGUACCUCAGUGCGGCCGCCUGGGACCUCCAUGCACAGGUCGCCCGUCUCCGGCGCCGUUGCGCCAAGAUCCGACAGGAUUCGCGUUUCCAUCUCCUUUUCGCUGCCUUUCGAGCCUUGCGUGAUGGGAGGGGCGACGCUUUGCAUGACAUGCUUGAAGGGCCAUGGACACUCACAGCGCGUGUUGCAGGCACCGUGUCUGGCCUCCAGCUCCGUGUCCUUGGCAGACGCCUUAAAACACAAUGCAAAAAUGAUCGUGCCAGGUACGUCGAGGGCCUGGCGGACGCCGUGCAGUGCAGUCAGCCGGGCGCGGACGCCGCCUUGCAGCGGCUACUCUGCCGACGACGCAAGAAGGCCUUUGCACCGGCCGUCUUGCCAGAAGUCCUGGAUGACGGCGGCAAACCUUGCGACACUCCGCAUCUGGUCCAGCGGCGGUGGCGAGAGCACUUCAGCGCCAUGGAAAAUGGCGUGGAUGUCUCCGCCCAGGACUUGAGCGCUCUCGCCACGGCGGCUCGGGCUGUUCUUCCGAUGCCAGCCCAUGUCCACGACCUCCCUUGCCUUGCAGAUCUGUGCCAGGCCUUUGCAUCCACUCAGGUGGGCAAGGCAGGGGGCCCCGAUGGCCUCCCUAGUGCCUUAAACGCUGCCUUUCCAAGGCAGCUCGCCCACAUCUGGUAUCCAGUCCUGCUGAAAUUCUGCUUGCUUGGUGAAGAACCUUUGGGUUUCAAAGGAGGUGUCCUUACACACCUCUAUAAGGGCCGGGGUUCGGUUUCGUCGUGCGAUUCCCACCGGGGAAUUCUCUUGCUGUCAGUCAUCGCCAAAGCUUUGCACAGGGCGCUGCGGCCUGCAAUCUCCCGACAUUUUGAAGCCGUCGCACACCCCCUCCAACUCGGGGGGCGUCGCGGAGCAUCGGUGGUUUUCGGAUCGCACAUCGUGCGCUCCUUUUUGCGCCACCGUAAUGCGGCCAAGCAAUCUACGGUGAUCGUCUUCUCAGACGUGGCGGCAGCGUAUUAUCGCACUGAGCGUGCCCUGACAGCUAGCGGACUGCAUAGUCAGCCUGCCGCAGCUCCACCGGGUAGCACCGAACUUGACUUGGAGUUUCAGCUGGCGCAACCGGCCGCCCUUGCACAGCAGGGGGCGUCCGAGUGGCUCCAAACGGUCACGCAUGAAAUACAUGCGAACACCUGGAUGACUUUAGCUCGUGAUGCUCAGAUCGUCCAGACCCGUCGAGGCACUCGGCCGGGCUCUGCGUGGGCAGACCUUGCCUUUGCUGUCUUGGCCCAGAGGAUCUUAAGUGUCCGCGAUGCUCAGCGUUCCCCAGCCACUGUCGAGGCGGCAAACAGCCGCAUCUUGUGGGACGGUGCCCGACACUGGGGAGAGAGCGUCGCCCUGCCAGCCGAACACACAGAGACUAAGCUCGCUGAUGUUAUCUGGGCAGAUGACUUUGCGAGUUGCUUGGGGCCCCCUUCAGCCCUUCGGGUACGCCCUGUCCUGGCCAAUGAAGCAGGAGCUUUGGUUGACGCCUUUGGCUCACAUGGAUUUGAGCUUAGCUUUGGCGAGCGCAAGACCGCUGCUUUGGUCUCACUUCGUGGAGCCGAUGCUCGCCGAGUCAAACGCGAGCUCUUUCGAGGGGACGCUACUGUCCCUGUCUUGUGCGAAGGGCGGGGACAUGCCAAGUUGCCCCUUGUACCUGCUUACCGCCACUUGGGAGUCACCAUUGACCCUUCGGGCAACAUUGCAGUGGAACUGAAGCUUCGUUGCCACCAUGCGUGGGUCGCUUUCAGAGAGAACCGCACCAAACUCUUUCGUUGCAAGCGCAUCUCGCUAAUUAGGCGGGGAGCGCUGCUCCGGACUUUUGUGCUCUCACGUUUGACUUUCGGCGCUGGGGCCUGGCCACCCUUGCGUGUAUGCGAGUCCCGUGUUUUCUCUCGCACUCUCUUCGCCUUGUAUCGGGCAACUCUAGCCGUUCCUAAGGACGGUGACCAACACCUGUCUACGGCUGAGGUCUGUUCGUUGGUCGGGCAACCGGAUGCUGACACCGUCCUGCAUGUCGAGAGGCUCACUUAUCUGCGCCAGCUUGUCGCGGGGGCCCCGAGUGAGCUGUGGGCCUUGGUGCGGCUCGACUUGCCGUACCUCCGAGCCCUUCAAGCCUCGAUGGCCUGGCUUUACUCCUGGGUGCAUCGCACGACCGACCUGCCGUGCCCCAAUGCAGAGCCUGAGCCAUGGACUUCGUUGAUGCGCCAAGCACCGGGCCGCUUUAAGGGGCUAGUGCGACGGGCCAGGGGCCUCGCAAUCCUGAGGGCCUCCGGUUAUGCUACUUUGCGGGCGCUCCUCCGUGGCCUUCACGCCCUCGAGGGCGCGUCCAUUGCGCCCUCUGUCAACCGCGGGGAGGUCUUUACUGAGGCAUGCUUGGUUUGCGGGAUUGCGUUCACUUCCAGAUCCGCCUGGGCUUGUCACGCCUCAAAGAAGCAUGGUUACCGACUCGUCACCUCCCAGAUGGCCGGCACCAACGACAGGCUGUGUCUGGGAUGCGGCAAGUGCUUUGCAAAGCCGGCCCGGCUCCGCCGGCACCUCCUCAGCAGCGUCCCCUGCCGGAAAGCUUGGGGCUCUUUCCGGCCAGACUCUGCGUCCCUUCCGGCUAUGCAUGCCCUGGCCCUCCCUCUUCGAGUCCCAGGAGUUAUGUCUGGAGGUCAUGCUGUGAUUGACCCUGCUACUUAUCAUAAAGGACUGCUGGAGGUUUUGCAGGCGCUCGAUUGCGCUGACUGCGACACGGCUUGGGGUGUCAUCAAGGACUUCAUCGAGCCCCUCUCCGUCCUUCGAGCCACGGUCGACCUAUGGGCGUCCACGUCAGGUGCAGCCCCCGGUGUGGCAGAGGUAGCAGCGGACGUGAAACUCAUGCUCGAUCCACAGCUGUGUUGCGAUGACUUUCGAGCUUCUCGCGCCAACGGUGGAAGCGUGGAUGUCUUCGAGGCGCUCGACUGGAGGCCGACGUGUCAGCUCCCUUUCGUCUUGACUGGGGAGGUUGCCGCCUUCAGCAUCGACGAUCCCCCGCUCCAGGGAUACACGUAUCCCUUCACCUGCAGCUUGCCUCUGGCCGCUGCGUCGGAGUUUAUGCGCUGGCUUGAGACCAGUUGCGAUAUUCUGGGGACCUUCGCUCAGACCUCUGCGGCGCACCCUGUGCGCCUCCGUGCCUCUGCCGUGGCACUGGCGGCGCUUGAACCUGCUGGCGCUUGGCUCCUGCGGGCGGGCUUCGUACAGACCGCCUCGGGCCUCCGCUCGCCGGGUUCCUGA